AUGACUCACUCCAGACCUACAGGACUCUUUGUCGCCGGGAUGCAUUGCGUCAUCACUAGAAAUGCGCGGCUCCCCGCGCACUCCUUCUCCCCGCAGACAUUAUUGCAGCAAACAAGAAUCAGGGCUGCACCACAGCGUAUUUUGAUACUGAAUCACUACCACGACUCUUGCUUUCAGCCACGACCCCAGGUCCGGUUGUUGUCUACGUUGUCUACCUUGCCUACACGCCGACUCUGCCCGCACACGCAGACGGGCAUCCCCAGCAAGCUAUCUUCACCUGUGCAGGCCAAGGUCACAACACGCACAAUGGCCUCUGAUUCAGACUACAUGGCCUUUCUCAACAAGGCCAACAGCCAGCGUGAGGCAGGCAGUGGCCAGCCCCAUACCGAAUCGUCGGCACCCUCGCAACAAAUCCGCACACAAUCCAUCGAACCGGGCGCCGCAGUACCGGGCGCGCUGAAGGAGGUAGACGCCUUUUACACUUCAGAAACCGACGAGCCCUUUGAACCGGUGGUGUUGAAAUGGGACGGGGCUGCUCAAGGGACAUGGCCUACUUCUGACCAAUUUGCCUCGCUCAUAACCAGCACCCCUUCGCCCAAUCUAUCCCAGGCAAUCGAAACGCUUUCGCCGAGCUCAUUCGACCCGCGAGAUCAGUACCCCGGUGUUAUCAAGGCCGUCCAGGCUGCAGCGGCGUCUGAUCCGAAGAAUGUCGACGUGAACAUCUACCGGGUGGAAGUCGGGCACAACCGAGUGGAAUACUGGAUUGUCGCGCUGAAUACAGCAGCUAGGACGAUUGUUGGCAUGAAGGCAAAAGCGAUUGAGUCGUAA